CAAAAAUAUUAGUACCUUGUAUUGCAUUGGUCGUGGAAAUAUCGAGUGCUUUUAGUGAAUAUAUUCAAUAGUCACACCAUUCACAGCGGUGACCAGCCCUCUCUGCCGCCGCCAUGUUGGACUGCACGGAGCCACUCGCCGGAGGAAUGGCGCAGUUAUCCAACGUUAUCCUCACAGGAUCCGUCGCGAGCCUACACCUCAUGAGGGGAGGAGAGUCGGUCCUGUAUGGAUCCGUCACUUUAGCCAUCUUUUGCCUCGCUGGGUGGAUCACUAACUGGUUUGAUUACAUGAGACACGAAGUCAACAGACAGCCGCAGAGGUCAGACUGCAAGAAAAUGUUGAUUAUAUUGCGCAUUUUAAUCCCAGGUUACAGCACUUUGUCCUGGCACCUGGAGUGGCUGAAGUCACCUACCAGCUGGAGUGCAGAGUACUGGGUGUCUGUGAUGAAGCUUUUCCAGUGUACUUUGGGCGAUCUGCCUCAGGCGAUACUUCAGACAUAUCUCAUCCUCCAUUUUUGGUGGGACAGUACUAUUGACUCUUUGGAUUUCUAUCUGAUAUUUGCCUUGGCGUCUCUUUGCGUGUCAAUGGCCGUGUGUUCCGUCGUCUGUUACAUCAGGAAGGAAUAUUUCGAAGAAGAACAUGACAAACUCAAGAUCACUGAUUUUCUGGUGAUUGUUAUCCCAUCGAUGCGAAUUGGAUCGAAACAUAUCAAAACAGUUGAAGAAUGUAACAUCGAUUUAGAGCACAAUAGAUAUCUUCUCUUCUCAUUCCCUUCUCUCUUUCCAGGUGGCCGCGUGGUUUCUCUAGCAAUGGUGGGAAACGUGUACAAAGUAAGCUGGAUGGCAGGAGGCUCCGCAUUCAUCCUAAUUACCAAUUACAUCAUGAGUCUCAAAAUGAAACGAGGUCUGAUGAUGGUGAAUACCUUUUUCUGGCUGUUGUUGUCCCUUCCUCAGAUAGCUAUGUAUAACAAGAAGCUCGCACAGUGGGGUCUGUUCCUGGGGCCCUUCCUGGCGCAGGUCCUCGCUCUAGUCCUUCUCCUGUGGAAGUGGGAGGUCGUUGAGGUUGCCUUCAGGAGGUUUGAAAGGCUGUUGAAGAAAGUGUAG